UUGUCAUUGUAUUCACAUUUAUUAUAUAUGUACUGGCACACUUUUAUAUCUUACAUGGGAGAAUAGCAUAAUUAACAAUGUAAAAAGAAAGGAUGUUGAUACGUAGAUGUUUUCAUGUUAUAACACAUUCAUGACAAGGUUACAAAUUAAAGAUUAGGGUGUCAACCUUCCACACCGGGGCAUCAGUCUAAAACACGCUACUUAGCUUAUCUGAAACAAAUGUAUACACAGCCAUAUAAUAUUAUAUAAUAAAAGUGAAUAUAUAAUGUAGAAAGUCUGUGAAUUGAUAUAUAUUGCUCGGCAGCAAAAGUGACAAUGGGAUUUAAAAAUGUGCUAAAGGAUUUUUGGUAUAUAAAGGAUAUUUUAACGGUCAUUUUUGUGCCAAUAAUACUACUUCCGUUACUAUUGGACGGCGGCAGCCCUGAGGCAAAAUGUGCUUACUGCGUCAUCAUUAUGGCGAUCUUCUGGAUCACAGAGGCGCUGCCUAUAGCUGUGACGUCAUUGCUACCGGUGUUCCUUUUCCCGAUGGUUGGACUGUUGACCGUGAAAGCGACAGCGCAACAAUAUAUAAAUGACACCAAUAUGUUGUUUAUAGGUGGUUUGAUCGUAGCCGCGGCCAUAGAGCACUGGAACAUUCACACGCGCAUCGCUCUACGCAUAUUAUUAUUAGUCGGAUCCAAUGCCCGCUGGAUAAUGUUGGGUCUGAUGGCCCCGACCUGGUUUUUGUCAAUGUGGAUAAGUAACACGGCAACCACCGCAAUGAUGAUUCCUAUUGCCAACGCCAUCCUUAUGCAGCUCAAAGACACGGAGAAAAAGUUCAAAGGAGUUGAUAACGAGGCUGUAGAACUCGAUGAUGUAAAUGUAUCCGAGAAACCACCGAUUGAGAAUGGAAAUGGUGUUAACGGAAAAGACGAAAGAGAUCCAAAUAUCCAUAUAGAAACGGAGAAAGAGCAAUCGAAAGUAAAUUUUGACGAUAUACCGGACAAUGUUUUAGAAGAUGAUGAUGACCCGGCUUUCAGACGCUUGUGUAAAUGUCUAACAUUAAGUAUAGCUUACGCUGCAAACGUCGGAGGAAUCGGGAGUCUAACCGGAACUGGACCAAACCUAGUCAUGAAAGGACAACUUGACAUCGUGUAUGAGGGAUAUGGUAUCAAACAAUCGCCAAUUACAUUCGCUAGCUGGAUGGGUUUCGGAGUACCUUUGUCAUUUUGUCUUGUUAUUAUCGUCUGGAUAUGGCUUCAGUUCUAUUUCCUUAGAUGCAAUGGUUGUUGUGAAGGGAAGAACGAUGAUAGAAGUAUAAGGGUGAAGGCCGUUAUACGUACAGAAUAUGAAAAACUAGGACCUGUCAGUUUUGCACAGGGAGCCGUUAUGGGACAUUUCAUAGUUUUAGCGUUGCUAUGGAUAACCAGAGAUAUGGGCGGAGAAUAUGGCUGGGGUUCACUUUUCCAACAAGGAUAUGUGAAAGAUGGGGUGCCAGCCAUAUUUAUUGCAACUAUGUUGUUUAUUUUCCCGUCAUCUUUGCCGCGAAUAUUCUGCCUCAGACCAGAAGGUACUCGUGCACCACUGAAACCCUUAUUAUCAUGGAAAGCAGCUGUGGAAAAGGUUCCUUGGGGCGUGGUAUUCCUCCUGGGUGGCGGCUUCGCAAUGGCAUAUGCGUCACAGGAGUCGGGUUUAUCAGCCUGGGUUGGUGAGAAAUUAAGCGUGUUAGAUUACCUAUCACCAUGGGUGCUAAAUCUAACAUUGUGUUAUAUCGUAGCUGCAAUGACGGAGGUUACCAGCAACACAGCAACGUGCACGUUAAUGAUGCCCAUACUGGCAAACCUGGCUGUGCAUCUUCAUCAAAGUCCCAUUUAUCUGAUGUUUCCGACUGCCAUAGCAACGUCCUUCGCCUUCAUGUUACCAGUAGCAACGCCACCAAACGCUGUAGUGUUCUCAUACGGAUAUGUCAGGGUCAUUGAUAUGGUUAUGGCGGGCUUCAUUCUAAAUAUCGUCUGCGUACUGGCUCUAAUCGGAUUUUCGGAAUCUCUCGGCGAUCGCAUUUUUGACUUUCAUACCAUUCCAGAAGAAAUAUUAAAGACAUACAAUGAAUCGUUAACGUAACAAUUGAUUACGUCAUUGUCUGGCGUCAUCUUACAAAUACGUGAAACUCGUUCAGAUAAAAUGCUUUACAUUGUUUGAUCCCUAUAUGUUUGUAAAAAGAAAGAAAGGCAGCCCCAACCCCCUCUCCCUGGCUUGGUGGCAACAAAUCUUUUAAUAUACAAGAAUUCUCGAUCUGAGGUUUAAUCCUCUUUAGGGGAAAAUGAUACUGUUUUUAAGUUGAUGUAAAGAAGUAAAAGCCCCACACAGGGCUUCUAUUGUAUCCAUAAUUGCAUAUAUAUGUUGAAAUGAACAUAGAGAAAGAUGUAACUAAAUGUUUCUGCAGUUUAUAUUUCUAAGUUUAUUUGUAUUUAUGAGGGAUCAAACAUUUCAGUUUAUGGUUGCACUAUAUACAUGGAUGCUAUUUUUAUACAAUUGAUUCUUUGCCUUUGUAAUACAUAUAUGUAGAAAUAAA